GCCCUAACAGGAUUAUGGGGGACGCAGCAAGGUAGCGCUCCGUUACCGCCUCCGUUGCAUCGCACUAUAAGGGAAGUGAUUUACAUCUGGCUGGACUGUCCGUCACAUAGGCUACUUUCCCCUUGAUCUAAUCCCUCACUAUUCUCACCGCCGGCGUCAAAUGCGCUUAAUCCGCUGGGCGGGGCGUUUGCUCACUAACACACUGGCAUUGGUCUCAACACAGACCUUUAUAAACACCACCGGCACCACCACAAGGGAAAUCGUUUUGUUUUUUUCAUAUCAACGGAGCCUGCCCACUGCAUCGCCUCGAAGCCUUGUGGAUAUUGACCAGCUCGCAUCAUUCGAGGAAAGAUGAGGCAGGACGCUGGACGCGUGACCUGCUCCUGAUGUCAGAGAAUGACUCCCAACUUGGCAGACAUGACACCCGAACAGCUCGCAGCGCCAUGGGAACAGGGAGAAGACGAGAGCGAGGUGAAGGUUCUGCUAGGGGAGGGGCUGGAGGCGGAGCUAAACAACGACAAUCAAGAAGUUACCUACCACCAAGGAGGAGAGAGCACCUGCUGGCAACCUAGAACCUUAAACGACAGUGACGAGCCGUUCUGCAGGAUCUGCCACGAGGGAGGGAGCUCUGGGGAGCUGGUGUCCCCGUGCGAGUGCUCCGGCACCCUGGCCAUGGUUCACCGUGCCUGCCUCGAGCGCUGGCUCGCCUCGUCCAACAGCAGCCACUGUGAACUCUGCCGCUACCAGUUCUCCCUGGAACGGCUGCCCAAGCCGCUCACAGAGUGGCUGCGCUCUCCGUCCAUGCAACACCAGCGCAGAACCCUGUGUGGCGAUGUGGUGUGCUUCCUCUUCAUCACCCCACUGGCCACCCUGUCAGGCUGGCUGUGUGUCCAGGGAGCCCUGGACCUCCACCACACCAACGGGUACGAGUCCCUGGGACUACUGGUCCUGACCCUAGCCCUCUUCACCAUCUACAUCUUCUGGACCAUGGUGUCCGUGCGCUACCACAUCCACCUCUUCCAGACAUGGAAACUAACCGACCAGAGGGUUCGACUGCAGAUCCCCCCGCCAUCGGGCUCUAAACACAGUCACAUGGCAGUCAUCGCCUGCCCCUUCAGCAAGGACACCAGCAAAGAGACUAUGGUGUGAUUCUGUUGGAUUUUAACCAGCAGGGAGUGUACACUCAUUUGAAAACCCUGCACGGACAGAAGCGAAGGACACAUAUUUUGUUAUUCUUCUGGGGACCGAAGAAACUGGAUGUCAAUGUUUUAUCCGAUAAAACAUCCACUUAAACUUUGAGCGGAAAAAAAACAAAACAAUUGAAGUUAAGAUUGGAAAUUCAGAGAACUGCUAGAAGCUGUGGAGGGAUUAAUUACACAAUUGUUC